AUGUCUGAGGCGCUUGCCAAAAGUGGCGAAGGCUCAAAUUCCUCAAAAUCCAUCAGGUUUCGGCCUCAGGCGCUGAGGUUGAGGUCUAGCAGGGGCGGCAACAUUGCUGUGCUGAGCCUCCUUGCUGUUUUUUCCAAUGCUUGUGAAUGCCCAGACAAAAUCAAUGCAGUCUUUGCGGACAUGCAUGACGGUGACCAAAAAGAGGUGACCAUUGAUGGAACUUCGGUGGAAAUCAAACCACAUGGAAAUGAUCAGAAGUGGCAUGUGACCUCUGUGCUGAAUGUGGACAGCUGCAGCGCCAGUGUUGAUUUCAACGUGCCUGGGAAGCCCAAUCCACCACCCGUGAAUUUGCUGAUGACCCUAUGGUGCGCAGCGGCCAAGUUCAAGGAGGGCACUUUCGAGAAGGCCACCUUUGAAUUCAGCGACCCAAGCGGCAAAUUGGCAACGGCCUCCACGGUUUUGAACACCUGGGUGGAGCUGGGUGCUUCAAAGAAACAGGAAGUGCCACCGUGCCCAGAGCUGGAUAAAGCUACCUUUGCAGACAUGCACGAUGGGGAUAAGAAGGUGAUCUCUGUCAAGAACUCCAAGAUGAUGAUCACAUCUGCGAACUCCAGCCAAACUUGGGUGGUGAAGUCUGAUCUGGACGAAUUCUGUGGUGCCAUGGUGAAUUUCAAUGUGCCCGGAAAACCUUCCCCACCCCCAGUGCCGUUGGCAGUGCACUUUUGGCAUCUCACUGGGUCCAACCAAGGGACCAAAAACUCUUUGGAGUUCACGGAUCCCAGUGGCACAUUGGCUGCUGGAGAACAGCACCAACAAGGGCACUUGGCACUUGUGAGUGCAUGCUUUUCUUCCACAAAGGGCUUGCUGCUCUUGUAUGAUGUCAUGGGUUCUUAUAGCUGGCUCGGAGCCCGGGCACAUGGGUCCAGCAUCAUUUCAGAGUUGGCCUUUCGUGUUUCACACGCAGUGUUGGUACAGGGUGGAGCGAGACAGAAGCUUGCGCACGAUAGCAUCAGUAGAAAAACAUGCAGCGGAGCCAGGGCAGUCUUGAAACAAGCAGACGGCAACAGAAAUCAAGCAGGGUCAGACACUGAACUCUUGGAGCACUUCACCAAGCGCUUACCGGAGAAUCAGGCGAGCAGCUGGAGCUCCUACAGAGCCAGACGGAGUGCAGAUGCAGUGGAACAACAUGGAACAACCAGUAUGCCAGCACCUGCUCUAGUGAAGCAUGGAGCCUUGGGCCGCGGGGAGGCUUCGGGGAGGUCCAAAAAACAGAAGACCGUGAACACCUUCCAAGAGAUCAAGAAGGAUGCAAAGGUGAAACAUCAAGAGACACAGGCAGAAGAGGAGCAGGCCCCAUCCAUCUUUGACAAAUGGCGACUGGUGGACCUCUUCCUUGAGUACAAAGGGCUUGUGACACAGCAUAUUGAUUCCUACAACCACUUUGUGAAUGUCAAAAUGCAACAGAUUGUCAAGGCAACCAGCAACAAUGUAGUGAGAAGUGAGUCUGACAAGAACUGGUUUCUGCAAUAUGAGAGCAUCAGAGUUGGAAAGCCUUCGAAGACUGAAGACAUGAUUGUGACGGACACCACUCCGCACGAUUGUCGCUUGAGAGAUCUGACUUACGCUGCACCAAUUUUGGUGGAUGUUAUCUAUUGGAAGGGAGACCGCAGGAUCCGCAAGCGUGAUGUGGAAAUCGGAAUGCUGCCAGUGAUGUUGCGCAGUAACCUUUGCGCCCUGAGUGGUAAAACAGAGGAAGAAGUGGUCAAAGCAGGCGAAUGUCCUUAUGACCCUGGAGGAUACUUCAUUGUCAAGGGCGUUGAGCGAGUACUCAUGAUGCAAGAGCAGGCGUUGAUGAACAGAAUUGUCGUUGAGUAUGACUCGAAGAAAACCCUUCAGGCGUUUGUGACUUCCCACAGUGCCGACAAUAAAAGCCGAACCGUGGUCGUUGCAAAUCCCUUGGCACGGAAGAAAGGCCUUUACGUGAAACAUUCAGCCUUCUCUGAAUUGAUCCCAGUCUCCAUCAUGAUGAAGGCCAUGGGCGUUCAGAGCGACAUGGAGAUCGUUCAAAUGGUGGGCAUCCAGAGAAAAUAUCUGGAGACAUUGAUGAUCUCUCUGCAAGAGUGCCAUGAAAAGAACAUCUUCUCACAGAAAGCUGCCUUGGAUUUCCUCGCUGCCAAGAUCAAGGUGAAGCCAGGGCAAGAACGGAGAAGACAGCAAGAUCCCAUGGAUUUGAUCAAUCGACAGGUGUUGUCACAUGUGGAGUGCCCCAACAAGAGUUUGGCGCCAAAGAUCCGCUACUUCGGCCUGAUGAUCAGACGUGUGAUCAAUGCAAUGUAUGACCCACAGUUGGUUGAUGAUCGAGACUACUAUGGCAAUAAACGCUUGGAGUUGUCUGGUCAACUGGUGGAGGUUCUUUUCGAGGAUCAAUUUAAGUUCAUGAAUUCAGAGCUCCAAAAGCAAGCCGAUCUUCUCUUGUCCAAGUGGCAUCAGUCUGCAGCUGCGCGCUCCAAAGACAUGAUGUCGUAUCCUGAUAUUCUGGAGUCGUGGCAAGACCGCUCAAAGCUAACGCGUGCCAUGGCCAAUGCAAUUUCCACAGGAAAUUGGAACAUCAAGCGUUUUCGAAUUGACCGAGCAGGUGUCUCCCAGGUCCUCUCCAGAUUCUCUUACAUGUCUUGCGUCGGCUCCAUGAUGCGAGUGAAAUCCCAGUUCGAGAAAAGCCGUAAAGUGGCCGGACCUCGUGCAUUGCAACCAUCUCAAUGGGGCAUGCUAUGUCCAGCCGACACUCCUGAAGGGGAGCAGUGUGGAUUGGUGAAGCAUUUGGCCUUGCUGACGCACGUAACAACUGGAGAAGGUCAAGGCGGUUCAGCUCUACGCCAGAUGUGUUUCUGCCUGGGAGUGGAGGAUGCUCAUGCUUUGUCGGGCGAGGAACUUCACCACAUCGGCAACUAUUUGGUUUUCCUGAAUGGCAAUCUGCUGGGAAUUCACCGGAGGCCGAAAAGGUUCAUGGCCAGUUUGCAGCAACUGAGACGUCGCGGCCUGGUUGGUGAGUUUGUUUCCAUCUAUGAGGAUGAAGGCUGGCAUGCCAUAUUUGUGGCUUCGGAUGAGGGACGCUUGUGCAGACCAUUGAUCAUUGUCGCUGACGGCAAGCCGCAGUUCAUCCCUGAGAAGCACGUGCCACUGAUGUUGAAGCGACCAGAGGAGGGAGGCAUGUCCUUUGUAGACUUCCUCAAGCAGGGUGUGGUUGAAUGGGUAGACGUCAACGAAGAGAACAAUCUGUUCAUUGCGCUUCACCCUAAUGACAUCACACUGGAGACCACUCAUUUGGAGAUUGAGCCCUUCACACUUCUAGGCGUGGUUUCUGGCCUCAUCCCAUAUCCAAACCACAAUCAAUCGCCUCGCAACACGUACGAGUGCGCGAUGGGAAAGCAGGCCAUGGGCUGCAUCGCCAUGAACCAGUUCACUCGAUCGGAUACGCUGCUUCUUGGGCUGGUGUACCCGGAGAAGCCACUGUGCACCAGCAAGACAUUGAACCUGGUGAACUUUCAUCACCUUGGAGCCGGACAGAAUGCCUCAGUGGCUGUGAUGAGUUACAGCGGCUACGACAUUGAAGAUGCCAUCAUCAUGAAUCGAGCAGCGCUGGACCGUGGCUUUGGCAGGUGCUUUGUGAUGAGGCGCCAGAGUGUACAGAUGACGCCGCACACAGACGGCUCGACCGACUUGCUAGCACCACCUCAAAAAGGUGAUUCGAAGGACGGCCCAAAGAGAGGUAGAAACAAAAAACAGAGUGGCCUCGAUGAGGACGGCAUGAUCCGACCCGCAGAGAAGGUGGAGGAUGGCUACUGCCUGGCAAACAAGAUUACACCCGUGAACACGCGAGGUGUUCAAGAAUUGCUUGGUGAAGAUGCAAAGUACAAGUCCAUACCUGUCAACUACAAGAACCCCGUAUCCUCGUACAUUGACCGAGUGCUCCUCACAACAGACGCUGAGGGCAUGAAGGUCUACAAGAUCAUUACUCGACAAACUCGUCGCCCUGAGCCCGGUGACAAGUUUGCCUCUCGUCAUGGGCAGAAGGGGGUGGUUGGCCUCAUUGUGCCAGAGCAAGACCUCCCGUUUUCGGAAACUGGGUGGCGACCGGACUUGAUCAUGAACCCGCAUGGAUUUCCAUCUCGAAUGACUGUGGGAAAGAUGUUGGAAUGCAUAGGCUCCAAGGCAGCUGUCAUGGAAGGGGCCUUUGCCAACGGUUCUGCUUUUGGCGGAACACCGGCCCAAGAGAUUUACAGGACGUUGAUCAGCCAUGGCUUUGCACCCACUGGAAAGGAUUAUUUGACCAGUGGCAUCACUGGAGAGCCGAUUGAAACGUACAUUUUCUGUGGGCCCAUCUACUACCAAAAGCUGAAACACAUGGUAGUGGACAAGAUGCACGCCCGCGCCCGAGGGCCUCGCAUGCUUCUCACUCGCCAGCCCACAGAGGGCCGUGCCAAAGAAGGUGGGCUGCGCUUAGGCGAGAUGGAGCGCGAUUGCCUCGUGGCGUAUGGUGCUUCAAAUCUGUUGCUGGAGCGCCUCAUGUUCUCCAGUGAUGUGUGCAAUCCAAACGUUUGCAGAAAGUGCGGCUUAUUCUGCCGUCCAGAUUGGUGCAAACUGUGUGGUAGCGCAGAGUGGGUAACUUCGGUGCGUUUGCCUUAUGCCUGCAAACUGCUGUUCCAAGAGAUGCAAUCCAUGAACGUUUGCUGCAAGCUUCAGCUUGCUGAGCGUUAA